AAGUGCACUAUAAAGUGCACAAGGAGCCGCCGUCGCUUAUCGGGUGUAGUGCGUGAGCGAAGGGAACAAGGGAGCGAAUCGGACGGGUGCGCGAUGUGUUGUGAUGUUUGCGGUGCAUUGUGGGAAAGAGGAAGACUAGCAGCCGGCAGAGAAAUGGACGUGUUCCUGAUGAUCCGACGUCACAAGACGACCAUCUUCACAGACGCCAAGGAGUCGACCACAGUGUAUGAGCUGAAGCGCAUCGUCGAGGGUAUACUGAAGAGAGUGCCUGAGGAGCAGAGACUGUACAAGGAUGACAUGUUGUUAGAAGACAGUAAGACACUUGGAGAUUACGGUUUCACAAACCAGACAGCGAGACCUCAGGCUCCUGCUACAGUGGGACUCGCCUUCCGCAUCAGCGACGAAGUGUUUGAACCUCUGCGUGUGGACACUUUCUCCAGUCCUCCAGAGCUGCCAGAUGUGAUGAAGCCCCAGGACUCGGGCAGCACGGGGAACGAGCAGGCUGUACAGUGAAAGACGGGAGAAUGCAGGAUCUGUGGGCGUGUAUGUGUGUGGGAAUCUGGGCUGUGUGUGUGUUCUUGGAUAUAGCAGGGUGUGGGGUGUAUGAGAGGUGGAGUGUGUGUGUGUGUGUUUGAUCCUGUGUGAUGUGACACUGAAAUAAAUGUUGUAAUUUUUCCAUCGAUGCUUCAACCUUCACACUAUGUUUAAACACCUCACACAACCUUGAGUGUGUGUGUGUGUGUGUGUGUGUGUGUGUGUGUGUGUGUGUGAGAGAGAGACACAAGUCGUAUUAACAGUAUGUGCUGUGAGAUUGUUCAUCAUUUGUAAUAUUAUCUCAUUACUUUGGCCGUUCAGCAUGGGAUUAAGUCGAGUUAGAUGCACACGUGAGCCGACUCCUGAAGGGCUUAAUAAUUCAGGUGUUGAGUCGGAUCGUGUGUGUUUUGGAGAACCAGCCGUGUCUCCUGGAGCUGCAUGUGCACUUCAUUCACCAUGGAGAAUGUGAGAUGUUAUCCCGAGAACUGCUGGUAUUAACGUGUUUAUUUUC